GCAUCUACUGUAACCAGAGGACGGCUGUUCUCAGACCCAGAGGUGUACCGCUGUUCAGAGUCUUACAAACUGAGCCUGUACCUUACCGCCGGAGCAUCCCUGUUUAUGAAACAUAUGUUUUUUUGAAGAGCGUGAACAUUUCCAUUUCCAAAAGCAAGACAGUCUACGGGUCGUGAAGUCGGUUGUGUUAACCUCUUUUUCCCAGGGACGCACAAAAGACGCACUCCCAAGUCCACCACCUGGAUAGCUGACAAAAGCCGUCCGGUCUGGUUCGUGGUCCAGUGGGGAGAGCCGGGGAGGAGAAAUUAGCGCGAAAGACAAGAGCAAGACAAAAAGAAGACAGGAUGAAUCUCAAGAGUCAUUUGAUUUUCACCCUCUGCACUAUUCAUGGGCUUCUUCUCAAAGGCAUAAGUGGUCAGCACCCUCUGGUUCAGAAUGUCACGGUGACAGAGGGCGGGACAGCAAACCUGACCUGCCGUGUGGAGUCUAAUGACAACACCUCCCUCCAGUGGUCAAACCCGGCACAGCAGACCCUCUUUUUCGGGGACAAGAAAGCUCUAAGGGACAACAGGAUUGAGCUGGUACGUGCAUCGUGGUCAGAGCUGACCAUCAGUAUCAAUGAUGUCACACUGACUGAUGAGGGCAUGUACACCUGCUCUCUCUUCACCAUGCCUGUCAGAACAGCUAAAGCCUACCUGACUGUUCUAGGUGUGCCAGAGAAGCCAGAGAUCGAUGGCCUGACAAAGCCUGCCAUGGAGGGAGACCACAUUACUCUGACCUGCAUCACUCAGGGCAGCAAACCUGCUGCCGACCUGCGCUGGUUCAGGAAUGACAAGGAGGUCCCAGGUGCCAAGGAGGUAAAUGCAAGUGGGAAGACCUUUACAGUACGGAGCUCUCUGCAGCUGCACGUGGACAGAAAUGAUGAUGGAGUGGCCUACACCUGCAGAGUGGACCAUGUGGCACUCUCACAGUCACAACAGCAGGCCACUGAAGUAUUGGAUGUCCACUAUGCUCCUCGUGUGGAGAUCAUCCACUCUCUUGCAGUCCCACAGGAGGGUCAGUACUUAAAGCUGGAGUGUUUGUCCAAAGGAAACCCCUCGCCAGAUCCCGUUAUGUGGACAAAAGACGGGGGUGAACUUCCUGACCUGGACAGGAUGAUUGUAGAGGGGAGGGAGCUCACCUUUACUUCACUCAACAAGACAGACAAUGGCACCUACCGCUGUGAAGCCAGCAACCACCUAGGGACCAGCAGUGACGAAUACGUACUCUACGUAUACGACGUCCCCACCACCCUGCCUCCAUCCACCACUCCCCCCCUACAUCCCAUCCUACCAGACCCUACUGAUCUAUUAGGCACCCACGCCUCAGACCCCACAGUCACUGGCAACAGAGAUCCCAACGCUCUGGGGCAGCACGGUACUGACCAUGCCUUGAUUGGAGGAGUGGUGGCUGUAGUGGUCUUUGUCACCUUGUGUUUAAUCAUUGUUCUGGGAAGAUAUCUGGCCAGGCAUAAAGGAACAUACUUGACAAAUGAGGCCAAAGGAGCGGACGAUGCACCCGACGCUGACACAGCCAUCAUCAACGCUGAGGGCAACCAUGCACAUGCAGAAGAAAAGAAAGAAUACUUCAUUUAGACUGCAGAGGGAGCUAUGCCGCUCUCGCCUACCCCUUUUCCUUGUUUUAAUCUCUGUAUACCUUUUUCUCUCUUUCCGUCUCUCCCUUUUCUUCUCCUCCUCUCACCACUGCCCCAGUCGUGUCAACGAGGAACCCGCAGGCAGUCCAUACAGAGAAGUCCCCCAAAUGUUUUCCUAGUACUGCCUUUUGUUGAACCCAUUUCUAUCAUUCCCAUCUUAUUCUUUCUUUCUUUAUCAUUUUUAUUUCUUUGUGGCAGCCGGUUUCACAGGCAGCUUGCUGUUGCUGCUGAAGUUGCCCCCUCUUUCAUAUUUUUCUUUCAUCUUUGACAUGAAAACCUGGAAAUCUGUAUAUCUACCAUGACUGCUUCUUACAUGACCUCUUGUUCAUCUUCUUUCCUGUCGCCCUCAAACUAGACACCCAAACACGUACCCCUUUUUUGCUUACACGCAUCCACAAACACAUAUCAUAUCUCACAUCAACACGGUGCCUAAAAAUACAGACGCCAUUGAACUUCUGUCAAUGCCUUCAUGUAUCGUCUGUCAGUAGCAAUGUAAAUGCUUUGUAGAUGGUUACCUGGACCAUCAUUUCAUUGCUUAGCACACAGCUUUUGAUUAUGCAUUGCAUCUUUUUUUAUUUGAAUGAAGAUCUGUGCUGUUUACGCCUUAUACAUGUCUAUCACACUGAAUAUGGUACUUUUAGAUGUUCCACCUCCCCAAAACUCAUCCUUUAAAUAGACUUGUAAUUAAACAGUUGACCCUUGUAAGAUAAGAUGAAGGUUUUUGUGUAACACUGUAGCAAGGUUUGUCAGAUAAGUGUAUAGUAUGAUUUUCAUUAGUAGGGUAGGGGUAUAAGGGUAAUGUGGUAUUGUUUAGAGAAGAGAGUUCACACCAAAAAUAUAUGAAAGAUGCUAGAUGAGGCAUUCCAUCAAAUAAACUCAAUCAAGUAUAUAAAACCAUUUGCUAAAUCUGCUGUUCCUAUGUACUUUUGUCUGUAUAUUCCUGCACUGCCCAGGAUACAGAGACAUCUUCAGUGUCUCUUUGACAGCUUACAGCAGUUUGCUAUUCACAUAAUGGGUUCAGGUGUACAGAAAGAGUCAAUCACUUCUCUCUAAAAGUUGUAUAAAUUGUAUUGAAAUAAGUUUAGCUUUUCACUUUGAAUAAUUUCAUUUAUCUUUAUGUCACACUGAAAUCAUUUUAAGGUAUAAGGAUCCCAUGAAAUGUAAAAUGAGCUGUUAGGAGUUAAUACAGAACAAAAACAAGUGCACAGUUUCAGUAUGUACAGGAAAAGCAGUGUUCAUUUUCCUCACUAUUUCAGUAAAUCUAAGUUAAAUUAAUACCUCUGUCGGCAUGAGGUCCAGGCAGCUUUCCACAGUGGUUUUGUGUACAAUGUUUUUGCUCAUUUACUUUGGCCCAUAGACACCAUCAAAUUAUAUAAGUACUUUAUACAAAUCGUGAUAACACAUUUUAUGCUUUUAUUGCCACCUCCAAAGUUAAUUUUCAACAGUUUCUAGGAAUUGAGUUAUAUUGUAGAUAUCACCUCACAGACUCUCACCUCUCAGUCUGCAUAAUUGCUCUUCUUAUUUCCAUUUUGUCAGAGCUGCUCUCCAUGAACUGAACUUUGAUUUCCAUUUCAUGGGGUCUUCAAGUGAAAAAAAAAACUGAAAAAAAUAGCAAGCAAGUGCUGGUUCAUAGAUCUGCAGGGGCCUCCUUUCCAAAACUAAAAACUGAAGACGUAUAGAAAAGCACAAAAAUGUCUGAGUAAAUGAAUGAGUAUUAAAUGAAUGAGUAACUGUGUUCCUUUGCCAUCAACUAGAUUGCCUUGGGAAUGGUUCUUCUAUUCAAAUGGGUAAUGGAAAGAUGACAAGGUUUUGGUUCAAUUCUCGAAAUAAAAAAUACAGUCCAUCUUUUUUGGAAAUGUAAGCAAAUCAUGUUUUUUUAUAUAAAAAAAAAGUUUUUAAUAUUUUUGGUUGAAUUGUUCUAAGCUCCCUGCUGUAUAUUGUGUCUGCUAAAAUGUGGUUGAUUGUGAAAAUAUGCUGUUAAAUUCUGGAUCCUUGUAUUCCUUCAAAUUUGUAUAUUAGCUACCUUAUUUACUUUUUAUCAUUUGUCAUAUGGCAUAAUCUUUAUUAGACAACUUUUAAACAUAUGUACUUUGUUUUGGCACAAGGCAUGUAAAUAAUGAGAACUAAACUUUGGUAAUACACAUUGGCAUGUUUUUGAUUGGUUCCUCUUCAUGUUUAAUUUGUUUGAACUUGGAAGUUAUUUAAGAUAGAACCACAGCAAAACUAUAUUUCUAAACUAGACAUUAUUUAAUUUCAGUUUGGAGAACAGCAGCUUCUCGUGUUUGUGGCAUGCUCUUAUGUGCCCCAGAUUUGAAGGGUUUGGCAUUGUAGAAGCUAUGUUUAACGAACGAGAGGAAAAAUACAACGCUCAGUUAAAUG